AAAAAUGAUAUUGUCCACACUUUUUUUUGCAACGCGCCCCUUAUUGUGAGCUAUAGGCAGUUAGCAGGAUAGACGUAUUAAAUAUUAUUUUAACAUAUUUGCGGCAUCAGCCUCCCACUGCAAACGAUAUGAAAAGUGAGAUAAUUCUUACGUUCCCAUACAUCACUGCAUACUUCCAUGAACUCAUUCAACGAGAGAAUGUUAGUAGACCAAUCACAGUUAUCUACAACGCCAUUUUUACUUUUGCUACAGUGGUGCGGAGCGCAGUUGAGAAUCUUGAGACCAUUUGGGGAGUGUUAUAAACUGUGGCUUGGGGUCGAGUCUGAAGUUUGAAAGUCGUUCAAAAUUGGUGAAAAUUACUGUUAAUAUUUGUUUUGUAAUAAAAGUGUCAAGUAAACUGAAAAUGGUAUUGGCUGAACGGAAUGCAGAAAAUCUUAGAAACGGUCGAAGGUCGAGAGGCCCCAGUCCCAAUGGGCACACUGAUACCUCCAGCGACGAUGAAGGUGUUCCUGCCGAAAAAAUCCGUGUUGGUCGAGAUUAUCAAGUCAUCGUUCCAGAAUUCAUUCCUGUUAAUGAACGUCGGCUGGACCAAUGCCCUGAUAGAGCCUUACUUGUUUGGUCACCAACUACAGAUAUACCUGAUCAUAAAUUGGACGAAUAUAUUAUAUUAGCAAAAGAAAAAUAUGGUUAUAACGGGGAACAGGCAUUAGGUAUGUUAUUCUGGCACAAGCAUAAUUUGGAGCGGGCAGUAUUGGAUUUAGCAAAUUUUACUCCCUUUCCUGACGAAUGGACGGUGGAAGACAAAGUUUUGUUCGAACAAGCAUUUCAAUUUCAUGGGAAAAGUUUUCAUCGCAUUCGUCAAAUGCUUCCUGACAAAUCCAUUGCGAGUCUGGUAAAAUAUUAUUACAGUUGGAAGAAAACUCGUACUAGGACAUCAUUGAUGGACAGGCAAGCUCGGAAAUUAACUAAUAGUGGUAAAGAAGGAGAAAAUGGUAGUGAAAACGGCAGUGAAUUGGGUUCCAACACAGACAGCGAUUCUGAAGAAAAAGGGUCUUGUAGCAACUGCGGCGUUGCUUGUCAUAGCGUUCGUGCUACACCCAAGGGACACGCGUGUCAUAGCUGCUAUCUGCACUGGAGGCGCACCGGAGUUGCAAGGCCAUUGAGUUCUAUGCCAGGUCGUACGAACAAAAGAAAACCACCACGUGGACUGGUAGUAAAUCACGAUGACUUGGCAGCACUAGCAGGUCAACCGAAUCAAACCAACAGCAGUCUGCAAGCUAUUGAUACGGAAAUCGUUAGCCUGAAGCGACAAAUUCAAUCAAAUAAACAACAAGUUAGUGCUUUGAAACGCAAGACCGCUGACGGAAUCGAUGAGUUGCGACCACCUGAAGUUACGAAUCGUAUAAAUGCACGUUGGACAAGCGAUGAAUUGUUACUGGCAGUUCAGGGCGUUCGGAAAUACGGCAAAGACUUCGCAGCAAUUGCGGAUGUAAUUGGAACGAAAAACGAAUCACAUUUAAGAUCGUUCUUCGUAAACUACAAACGAAGAUACAAUCUUGACACCGUAUUGAAAGAAUACGAAGCGGAAAAUGGUCCCAUUUUAAUAGACGAUGAGAAAGAAGACAAGAUGGAGGCAGAUCAUAUUUCAAAUAAUGAAAUAGCAGAAACAUCGCAAAAGGCAAAACCUUCUGGUGGAUUGAAUCCAUCACCUAAAUAACAAAUAAAUAAUAUUUUGAAUUCUUCUAAACAUGAGAGAUUGACUUGAAUUCACUAAACGAUAUAGUGAUUAUUUCCUUUGAGAGCUUCUGCUGAGCAUGUAACUCUAUUUUGCAUUUUUGUGUACUGCUGUUUGUGAAAAGUAUGAAACUUUAAGCCUUUCAUGUAGUUAUUUUAUUGUCAUCCAUGUCCUAUAUUUUACUUUUGAAGUAUAAUAUUAUUAAGGGUGUUUUUCAAGCAGUCUUGAGUAAUAUUGAUCAUGAGUGCAAUAUAUAUUUAGAACGGAGUUUAAACUACGCACUCGGCUCUAUCAUUUCUUGGUUAACGUCCUUUUUGUAUAAAUGAUUACAUGUUUGUUGCUGACGGAGAAUAUAUCAUGAUGAACAAAUCUUCGAGAUCAAAAGUAAUUUCAGGCUUAGUGAAAGUUACUAAUAUUGUUUAAAACUGUUUUUAAAUGAAUAACGGCAAAUAAAAAUUAUUAUCAAUGUACGAAGAAUUUAUCGGCAAAACUCAGGAAGCUAUGAAAAAAUACACGAAAGCGAGAAAACAUUCGUAUUGUUAUACCUUUAAAUCUCAUAGAACAAUCAGAUUAGAUAUAAACUUAAGAUGUUCAAGCAGGCUGUUAAUACUGACCCCCCCCCCCCAUCCGUAUGUAUCCCUUCCUUAUCUUGUUGGAAUCGCUCCAAAAAUGAUAUAUGCUACGUUUUAUUAUCUAUCAUAUUUCAAAUUAUCACUUUAUUCUAUGAUAUUUAUAAUAAAUUUAAAAUAAAGGUGUA